AUGGCCACCACCUUCACGCUGCUCGGGGCAGCCUCGUCCCACGGCCCCGGCGCCGGCCUCGCCGCCGGAGAUGACGGCCAUCAUUACGGCUGCCUCGGCGACGGCGAGCCGGGGGAGGCGGGCGGCCGGAGCGCGGCGUCCCCGGUGUACUCAAGCCUCGCCGUCAGCCCCGCCGGCGACGCCGCCGUCGCCCUCGCUCUCGCCGUUCCCAAGAUGGCCGCCAUUGAUAGGAACUGCAACGGGUGCUACCACUGCCAGAAGAUCAGGAGGGCGCUGCUCCAGAUGCAAGAGCUGGAGAGCCACCUGAUCGACCGGAAGAAUGGCCGGGUGAGCGUCUGGGGCGCCUUCAGCCCGCAGGACGUGGCCAUCAAGAUCAGGAAGCGGACCAACCGGCGCGUCGAAAUACUAGAGCUCUGGGAGGCCGCAGGGCCGGGGGGCGGCGACGAGCAGGGCGUCGGCGGCGGGCAGAUGCCCUGAAACCCACCUUCUAUGCGCCGUCAGAGCACUCGAAUCCUGCUCCCGUUAGCUUCUGUGCCUGAAACAUUCAGAGGAUUUACCCCUUCUUGUGUGCGAGCUUAUAAAUCAUCAUUUUGAUC